AUGAAUCGCCAGCCAGCGACGGCGGAGACCAAGCGGGUCUGUACGCGCGAGGCUGCCACGCGCUCGCCGAGCCUGCCAAGCGUCGUGGUCUAUCUCAUUCUCGAAGCGCUUCGCGACGGGAAGAGCGUGACUGCCUUUCUAUCGGCCCUGCCGCCGUUGACGCUGCCGCCCGAGCUCAUCGCGCUCCGCGACCUCGGCGCUGUCGUAAACCUCGCUUGCCACUGGCCGGUCGUGCACAUCACCAAGAUUCCGAUCCAGUACGCUCGUCUCGGUGUCGCUGCGCUGCCAGUUUUCGCCGGUGUCUACAUUGACGCAGGCUUUACAGCCCUCGAUUGGCUCGACGCAACGCCCCAGAAGGCCGUGACGCUGGUCGUGGACCCCUCCGUGCCUGGCACGCUCACGACGUUUGCGUACAACUGGGGCGACGGCAUCACCGCUGUCGUUAUCAAGGGCCACAAGGUCGCGCCCGACCCGAUCCCGGACAUGCUCGGUCGCUGCGUCAACGUGCAGAGUGCGAGCAUCGAGGGCGCCGCGACACAAGCUGCUGCAGCCGCCUACCUUGCGGCCUUAUCGACGCAACACUUGCGCACGCUCAAGGUGACUGCCAACGGGACGGGUCCGACCCCGUGCGACGUCCCUCCACCUCGCCUGCGCCUCUGUGACAGAUCCGACAGCGCUGGCCAGCGCAAUCCGAGCGUGCGCUACGCUCUCGACAUUGCAUCUGGACGGCGUCGUGGACGUGCAAGCAGCCUUGGCGACCGCCGGUGGCACUUUUGA